UUCAUUUUAUGGCUAUUGUGAAAACAUUGUGCUAAUGCAGUUGACCUAUUUCAUAUGUGUUGUUCUGCUUUGGCUGUUGCAUUUGUCUCAAGCAGCAAAAAAAACUCGUAUGGUAACUGCCCUUGAGGUAAAGAAAUGCCUCAAUGUAACAAUCCUAAAAAAUGUGAACAAAAAAAAGCUACUGGGCGUUUGGUUCGCUUAUGCAACAACACCUGUGAAUAUACCCGUCUAUCAACGCCGUUGUGCAUCGUACAAUGUUCAGAAUAGUCCGUAUUUCGAUACCAAUAUCGUGUAUACGGACUACAAGCACGUAGUUAUCACCUAUGACUGCAAGUACAACGAUAUGACCAUGCUGUACGAUCUUAAAUUGCGCGUUUUAACACGCACUCGGACGCCUUUGGCGGCACAUUUAAACAAGGGAAUACGCUUUCUAGAGUCACACUCAUUCCCGAUUAGUAAAUUGGAUUUCCUCAGGGCGAGGGCAUUUUGCUUUGAGUGGUUUGGGAUCACUAAUUACGUGGCCGUUGCUGUCAGCAUGAAUUAAUUGCAUAACUAUCGCCAAUUAUUACAACAUAAUCAAUGAAGGAGCUGCAGACGUGGAGAGGAAAUCGUAUAACUUAAUUAGCCUGGGCUGGCCCAACCAAAAUCAAUUACCAACGACAGUUUCACUUGACUGAUUGGGCCCGGGUCCUUCAAGGAACCCAAUUGUGCUGCUUUCAGUGUCCUUGCUCCCAAAACUCACUUACAUAUUUAUAUCUAUAUAUACAUGAACAUAUAUCGACACAAAAAGAAAUGUAAACCUACAUACUAGCAUUUGCAUUUCAUUUGAUUUCCAUUGAUAUACAAUUUUCAAGCAAAUAUAUAGCAUUCUUAUGCAUUUAAAAUAA